GUGCUGGCAAAACUAUAAGCGUACCAGAUUGUAGCUGCUAUGAUAUCUUCACCUGCUCUUGUUUGUGCGUGCGACCUGUCCACCUAAUUCUGCAGUAGCAGCUGCACCAGCACAGCACACUAUGCUUACCUUUCAGAUCCCCCCGGAGCACUGGGAAAAAUGGUCGUCUACCUACCAAGGCUUUUUCGCAGGAGCCUAUUUGAUGAUAGGCAUUGCAAUCCUAUGCUUUGCGUACAUUGGAGAGAAACGGGCACGCAGACGAGAAGUGCGUGAAGUCCACAAAGAUAUAGAAAAUUGGCAAAACCCGGGCAUGAAAGAGAUCGUCGCUGAGCUGAGAUUGUUGAGGCAAGUUAUGGCAACUCGAAGAGAUCUUUGGGACACCAUGCCGCCGAGCUAUGAAGAUAGUCAUGGCAACAGAGUGCAAGCAUGGGAUAUGGAAAAGGGCGGCUCCGACUACAUGACCAGCCGGUUUGUCUACGGCGGGCAAACAUGUACAUGGAAUUGGAAUUGGAAUGAGAGCUAGCACUGCUCCUGUCCACCCUGCAAGGUGAAGCCUUAUUGCGGGAGGUUGCCUGGAUUCCUCUCUGACAGCAUCGAGAUAAUGAGCAGGCGAAGCGUGUCUCUCAGCAGACAGCACUUUCCAGACCGAGUUCAAGUGGGAAGAAAUGAUUGCAUCCCGCCCGAAUUGAGC